ACUGUUGAGUCACACUCAUCAGCUCUGAUCUCACAGAGCCCCUGCAAGGUCUGCAUGAUCAUUCCUGUCUCACAGAUGAGUAUACAGAGGCCCAGAGGCUGAGCAUCUCACCCCAUGACAUUGAGUGGUGGAGCCAGCAUGUGGGCCCAGAUGUAACUGAACACAGUCCCCUAUGCUAUGCUGCAAGAAAAGAGUCAGGUCAACUGGUGUCCAGCCUCAGCCCCACAGGUGGCCGGAGUAUGAAGAGGGGUUACCAGGAGUGGGAUUCCAGGGCCCCAUCUCGUUUUUGAUCACAGUGAUCAGGAUGUGGCCAUUCUCAACCUGUUGAAGAGUGCAAAAAAGUACCUACAGAAGCAGAAAAAUGCGCAAGAAGACCACAUUUUUCUCUCCACUUCCAUUCAACAGACCAGGAGGCUGCAGAAGCUGCUUCCUGCAAGGCAGACACCUUCUCCUGCACAGACUCACCUUGACCUGCGACUCGGUCAUCCCCAGUGGGGAAACUGAGGCACCAAAAGGGGAAGAGACCUCCCAAGAGACCAUCAUCUGCAGUUCUCUCUUCCUUUGUGUUCAUUCAACCACUGACUCAGAUAUUUUCCUGUGUGGGGCUAUGCACUUGGGAUUGAAGAGUAGGGAUGUGGAGAGAGAGUGUGUGGUGGGGGGAGGGGACGAUGGAGGUGUGAGGGACGGAGGCCUAAAGUAUCCCCGAAACCACUUCCAAGAGAUGAGGUCUUCGCCCGCAUGGAACUCGCCAUGUUUCAGGUUGAGUCAGCGGUGGGCGGUCAGGGAGUGUGACCGCCUGGAGAGGCAUAGCAGAUGGGGAGGCCGGUGCCCUUUGGUGGGGAGGGGGGUUCCUUGGUGGGCCCCAAGCUUCUACUGCAGUGGGGCAGCCCCGGCGUUAGAGAGAAGUGCAGAUUGCCUCCACCUCUGCCCCUGCCUGAUCCUGGCUGGGCCUCCGUGGCCCAAAGAUGGCUCCUUCAGCCACCGUCACCCUCCCUGCCUGCCAGGUGAGCCUCACCUGCCUGUGCACGACCUGCCUCCCCCUCCUGGCCCUGACUGGCAUCGUGGGGCCCUGCACCAGUCCUCUGAAAACAGGUCUGCGGAUGGCAGGGCAAGGAGACCCCCCACAACAACUACAGCCAAGUCUAGCUUGACUCAGCGGCUGUUCCUGGAGUCUGGGCUGUUGUCGCUGCUCCUGUUGACAUAAGCCCUGUGGAGGACGGUGGGAAGCCGGCCUCCUUGAACACAGGCAAGACCAAGAGGGGGUCAGAGUGCAGCCUGUGUCCCUGAAUGGUGUCAGGGCAUGCGUGGGCUCUCUGGGAAGGUGAUGCUGCAGCAGCUUCUCACUGGGGACUGUACUUGCUUGCUUUGGAUGAAGAAGUGACAUGGGCUCCCAGUGGGAGAAGGAAGAUGAGCUACCAGCCAGACCCUGCACAGGGCAAAUGUAGGCUAUCUGGCCUUCUCCAGACCUGGAGACCCCCAGGUUCCCUAGGAGGGCGGCUGAGACAGCAGCU